AUGAGCAGCUACGCCAGACAUGGCAUUUAUUACAUUACUCUUGUCCAGGUGUGGGAUACCGGUGAGCAGUGGCGCGGUCGUCGUGUCGCCAAUGAUGACAACGGUGACGGCGCUCAGGGACGCCAACCAGAGCGUGCCGAUUUAUCUAACACAUUCCAAAAGCCAACAUGUUCACAAGAGGAUCAUCCCUUCAUACGUUUCAGUAUGAUGACUCGGUCUAAGGAGAUGGAGAUCAAACUGAGGGCGGCACUUAAAGAACUGGAGUCAUCCAAGCACCUGUGCGACCAACUGCUGCAGGAGCGUGACGACAGUGAAAUUGAAGUUAAAAAUAUUGUUAACAAAAACACACAACUCAAAUAUGAAUUAGCUGAACUUCACUCAUGUCACAUAGACCUAAUAGAUCAACACAACCACUUAAUAAAACAAGUUGAUACUUUUCAGCAGUGUACUGACACACAUGAAGAUGCUCUUAAACGUAUAACACAUCUGGAGCAUGACCUCAGAGAAGCACAAAAUAUAAUUAAUAACUUAGAGGCCUCCAAAAAAUCUAUGUUGUCGGUCAACACUCAGAGUUUGUAUGAAGAAUUGGUGGGUAGUGAAUCUGGUGACAUCUGUGAACCAGCAGUCACAAUAGACUUAACCGGUGAUGAUACCAUUACUGCUUGCCCUGUCCUGAAUAGCCACAAUAAAAUAAAAAAAUAUAUAAAACUAAAUAAAACAAUUAAAAAACUCAAAAAGAAGCAAAAUCUGUCUAAAACGAAUGUCUAUUUAAGAAAACAAAAAUUAAAUGUAACUCAGGAACUUAAAUCAUGCAAAAGUGAUUUAGAACAAUGUAGGGUCAUAUAUGACAAAGACAUUCAGGCUCUUCAACAAGAACUUUUACAACGUGAAAUGUUCUUAAAUGAUAUGUUCCAAAAAUAUGAAUCUGCCCAAUCACAACUCAACAAACACAUGAUUGAGGCAGGAAAACUUGUGGAUUUAGUUACUUUUAGUGCUGAGAGAUAUGAGUCUCUUGCAAAUAACCUUUCAUGUAGCUGUGCCCUCACUCCACCCUUUGAGCCAGAACUUGUGCCGGGGCCACAAACAGGGAGUCAACCAGUUGUUACCUACAACGCUGGUGUGUUUACAGACUCAGUGGGUGCAGGUUUUGGGUCACUUAUCGCUAAUUGUCUUAAAUACAGGUUGGGAGUUGUCAUGCUCACUCAGGAGUCUCAUUGGCGGUGGCACGGGCACUGGACCGCUCGGUUCCCUAUAAUAUGGUUGAGUUGGGCGGUGCUGGUGUUCGACCAGGGCAAAUCAACGAAAGGCGCGAGCAAGUUGAGACGCGACCUCAUCAACGCAGAGAUUGCCAACCUUCGGGACUUACUGCCUCUCCCUCCUUCCACCAGGCAAAGGUUGUCACAACUUCAACUCAUGGCCCUUGUCUGUGUCUAUGUGAGGAAAUCCAACUACUUCCAACAAGGUCAUGUUUACCGGAAGGUCAACGACAAAAAUGCAUUAGACGCCACUGACAUCAACAAAGAAGAUAUCAUCAAUAAAUCUGAAGCAGCAAUUCUGGCUCUGAACGGAUUCUUGAUGAUGAUGACACAAAACGGAAAAUUGCUUUACAUAUCGGACAAUGCAGCGGAAUACCUUGGACAUUCUAUGGAGGACCUCCUCAUCCAUGGAGACAGUGUCUACGACGUGAUAGACAAACAAGAUCAGCAGGCAGUGAGGACGGAACUGUCCCGAGCACCAACUGAUGGAGAGGACCGCGUUUUCCUCUGCCGAAUGAACGUAGCUCGAAAUGCUAGAAGACAGAUGCGGUUUGGAGAUCAGAAAGUAGAAAUACCUGAAUAUUUUAUGUGUGUGAUAGAUUAA